UCUUAUCUUUUUGGAGAGAUCUGCAAUGAAAUAGACAAGACCGAAUGGAAGCUGACUUACAUCACACACAAAAGAUUGAUGGUCAAAUGUUUUGUCAUCUCGUAUCAGUUUGUAGUGUGGCUCGUAUCUUAGAAUUCUUACAGUUAUCGGGCAUAUGGUUCAUAGUGAUCACUGAUACCAUGGCAAAGCAAAACGUCUGUGAAUUUUAUCAAGCUUGGAUGGCUUAUUAGUAUGUGGUCGAUUAAAGAGGACGUGUUUUGGGUGAUCCUUGUUGGAGCCUUAACCAUUUGUAGGAAAUCGAACUGGUCAAUCAUGCUAGGGGGUUAAGAUGCAGUUGAAGGAGCAUAUAUCCCCAUCAAUCAUGGAAGACAUCCUUCAGUUUAUGUAUUUGGGAGAAAUAUGUGUACACAAAGACAAUGUUAGACUGCUGAUUGCUGCAUCAGAUAUUUUACAAAUGACGAAUUUGAAAGAUCUGGUUUGUAGGUUUUAUGAAAAGAAGCUUUGUGCAUCUAACUGCCUGUCCAUAUCUUCACUAGCUGAUGAGUUCAAUUGCAAGACACUGAAAAAGAGUGCAGAUGCCUUUAUUUAUAAAUACUUUGCAGACGUCAGCCACUCAGAUGAGUUCAAAAGUCUCAAUGUAGAUCAAGUUAUUCAUAUCAUCAGCAACAAUAAAGUGAAUGUGAAGAAGGAAGAGAAAGUAUAUGAAGCUGUUAUUGCUUGGAUUGAUUAUGAUCAAGAAGAGAGGUUUCAGUAUCUUCUGAGACUCAUGGAGAAUGUCAGGCUUUUGCUAAUUGAUAAGUACUAUUUGUUUGACAAAAUUGCCUCGAACACAACAAUAAUGCAGAACAUAGAUUGCCAAGAACUUGUCUUGACAGCUAUAAACUUUCAAUGCCUUACGGAUCGCAGAUCACUGGUAGUAAGUCCCCAAGCGUCACCAAGACAGUCACUUGAUGUAACAAAGAUAGUUGUUGCUUGUGGAGGAGUGCAAGAUGAACUUGCUUCCAAAGAGGCACUUUGCUAUGUACCAGAUGUUGAUUUUUGGUACCCACUUGCCCCUUUGCAUGAAGAAAGAAGCAAUUUUGGCUUAGCAGUUGUAGACCACAGCAUUUUUGCCAUAGGUGGAGAUGUCAAUGGAAAGACAUUGAAGUCAGUAGAAUUUUACAAUUUUGCCCUGGAUAAAUGGACUAGGAGUGCUAAUUUGCCUGAGCCAACCAUGGCACAUGGAGCUGGAGUUUUGAACAACGAAAUAUAUGUUGUGGGGUCAGGAAGUCAAGGUCUUUGUUCAGAUUCAGUAUUCAAAUAUGAUGCAGCUGCAGACAGAUGGACCACUGUUAAGAAAUUGAAAGUGCCAAGACGUGGGGCAUGUGUUGUGUCACAUCUGCAGCUUUAUGCUAUUGGUGGAUAUGGUCCAGAUGGAAUGGCCCUUGCAAGUGUUGAGCGAUAUGAUCCAUACCUAGGUGAAUGGGCAAAAAUCUUUCCCAUGAAUUCCUCACGUGCAUUUGCCAGUGGUGCUGUUAUUGGAAAUAGAAUCUAUGUGGUUGGUGGUGAGUAUGCAAUGUGGUCUUUCUACUGCUCAGGAGAGUUUUUCAACAUCAGCACUGAUGAGUGGCAUCGCAUUGCAGAUGCAUCUGUGCCCCGCUCAUUUACCGGUAUUGCAGUACUUUACAACAAGAUAUACGUAUUUGGAGGUAUAAAAAGCAUGAAUGCUGGAGAUGAUGAAGAUUUUGUAGAUGCAUCUGAAUGUUCUGAUGUUGAAAUUUAUGACCCAAAAAGUGACACAUGGAAAACUGGUUGUCCUUUGCCGAUUGCAACAUCAGGUAUCAAGUGUGUCUCAAUGUUGGUCCCAAAACAUGCCAUUGAAGUUCGUUGUGGCAUUCAUUUUCCUUCCAGUAGUAAUCAUUGAUGCUGCAUUUUCAAAUUUUGAUAUCAUCUUUGUGAACAAGCCUUUAAUGCUGUGUACAACAAAUAUGUGAUUCAUUUUUUGUUUUUGUAUUGGUAUGAAUAUUUUGUUAUAUAUUAUGUUUCUUAGUAUAUAUUUUUGUAGGGUUCAUCAAUUUUUAUUUAAAAUGCAUUAUUUAUCCACAUUUUUCAAAAUCGCAUUCAUUACUAUAUCAAGUUUCAUUCAUGUACAUUUCAACCCCUAUCAUAUGCCCUUUCAAUAAUACUUUGCUUUUUAAUACCAUAUUUCAAUUGGGAGGAGACCAUUUAAUGUUAUCUGCUCUGAAUACCAUCUCCCUGUGAACUAGUUCUAUUUAACAAGCUAUUAACCAUCAUCUCCAGCCCAAUUUGACAGUUCAGAAAUUCUCGAAACUGGCAACCAAUUUUCAGAAUCUCUUGAAUCAGGCAAAAAUUUUAUUUGUUAAAAGCCUGGUAUAAAUUUUGUAAAGUAAUGAUUAAUUAGUCCUAAAUAAUGCAAUAUUAGAUUUUUGAUGCAUAGUGAAUUGUGCAGGUGAGCUUGCAGGUAGCCAUAGUUUGAAGUAAGAGGUUGAAUGGUAAAUAUGUGAACUUUACUAGGUACCAAAGUCUAUGUCACAUCUCUCCCCAUCCUGCAAAAGCAACUUACACUCAUUUUAAAAAAGGAUGUAUUUCAUGUCAUUCUGAAUCAAAUUUUGCUUACAAAUUAAGAACUCACAAAAAAUUUAGUUCUUGGAUCCAUUCUAUUUGUCACCAAGCCAGCUGAGAGCUUUUCUGGAGCCUAGGGCAAAAAGAAAUGUAACAUCAUUAAAACCGUGAUUGUUAUAACUUUUUAGGCCCCCUUUCUGCUGAGGCCUGGGGAAAUCCCCCCUCUUGGCAGGACUGUUUAUCGAUGCUGCAAGAACAUCUGGAUAUGAAAUUCUAGUUUGAUUUUUCAUUUAAAACUUUAUUGCGAGUAGAUAUAGAAUGAUUGCGGUAGAAUAACAGUUGAUAGCUUUAUCAGAUGAUUUUAAGACAAAUGAAAUAUUAGUUUAAUUUAGAGUGCUAGAAAUUUUCGGAAUAUGAUUUAGACGCCAUAGUAAUAUCUGUUCUUUUUAUCAAUAUUAUCUAACGAGUUUUAAUAUGUAAUUUAGCUGGGAAGUCCUUAUUCAAAGAGAUACUUAUUUCGGAA